CCGUUUCUUCGAGCAACUCUUCGAGAUGUCGGGCAUUGGAUACUACUACAUGAGUCGCGGGCUGACCUUUGAGGGCAAGCCGCCCAAGCAGCCGCAGGGCCCUGGCAAGAAGGGCAAGGGCGGCAAGGGUGGCAAGGGCGGCAAGGGCGGCAAGAGCGGCAAGGGCGGCAAGGGUGGCAAGGGUGGCAAGGGUGGCAAGGCCAAGAAGGUUACCAAGCUCGGGCUGGGCACCACCAAGGAGGAGGACUUUAGCACGUGGUACUCGGAGCUUGUGGUCAAGGCAGAGAUGAUCGAUUACUACGAUGUGUCCGGCUGCUACAUCCUCCGGCCGUGGGCGUUUGCCAUCUGGGAGCAGAUCCAGGCGUGGUGCGAUUCGCGGUUCAAGGAGCUCGGAGUGCAGAACUGCUACUUCCCGAUGUUCAUCCCCGAGGCAUACCUCACCAAGGAGAAGGACCACAUCGAGGGCUUUGCGCCCGAGGUUGCGUGGGUUACUCGGGCCGGGUCGUCGGACCUCGCGGAGCCCAUCGCCAUCCGGCCGACGUCGGAGACGGUCAUCUACCCCUCGUUUGUCAGGUGGGUCAAGUCGCACCGCGACCUGCCGCUCCGGCUCAACCAGUGGUGCUCUGUGGUCCGGUGGGAGUUCAGCUCGCCGACGCCGUUUAUCCGGUCGCGUGAGUUCCUGUGGCAGGAGGGCCACACGGCGCACGCCACGUUUGAGUCUGCAGAUGAGGAAGUGUACCAGAUCCUUGAUGUGUACGCGUCUGUGUAUGAGGAGCUCAUGGCGAUCCCGGUGACUAAGGGCAAGAAGUCUGAGAAGGAGAAGUUUGCCGGCGGUGACUACACGACGACAACCGAAGUGUUUGUCCCCGACACCGGGCGGGCCAUCCAGGCGGCCACCUCGCAUCACCUCGGGCAGAACUUUGCGCACAUGUUUGACAUCAAGUUCCAGGACCCGAACGACCCGUCGCAGCACUCGUACAUCUGGCAGAACUCGUGGGGCCUUUCGACGCGCUCGAUCGGCACGCUUGUCAUGGUCCACGGCGACGACCACGGCCUCCGGCUCCCGCCCCGCAUCGCGCCCAUCCAGGUUGUUAUCGUCCCGAUCUACUCGAAGAAGAUCGAUGCUGCCGAGCUCGUUGCGGCCAUCAACCGCAUCGCCGACUCGAUGCGCGCGGCCGGCGUGCGUGUCAACCCGGACGUCCGCGACAACGUGACUGCCGGAUGGAAGUACAACCACUGGGAGAUGAAGGGCGUUCCGCUCCGGGUCGAGAUCGGGGCCCGCGACAUGGAGAACAACGUGUGUGUCUUUGUCCGCCGCGACACGCUCACAAAGUCCACGGUUUCGCAGGACAACAUCGGCGCAACGACGGCUGACAUGCUCGAGAACAUCCAGGCCAACAUGCUCAUCCAGGCGACUGAGCGCGCCAACAACUGCAAGGCAGUGGUUGACAACUGGGAUGACUUUAUGGAGGCAAUCAACGGGCUCAAGUACGCGCAGGUUCCCUGGUGCGAGCGGGUCGAGUGCGAGCUUGACAUCAAGGCGCGCUCCUCGGCGGCGGCCAAGGCGGCGGCGUCGGACACCACCUCCCCCGACGGCGAGGGCCCCGCCCUCUCUGGCGCAGCCAAGUCGCUCUGCCUCCCCCUCGAUCUCGCUGGCGCCGACAUGGGCGGCGCAAAGUGCUUUGCCUGCGACAAUGCCGCGACUGCGUAUGCUAACUUUGGCCGCUCGUACUAGACGGUCAUAUGCCGGCGUGGCAGUAUUUUAAGAUAAAGUAUUUGCCAUGA